UAAUGCAUUGUGGGAACCAGAGGUUGGCAGUGGUUUCGUAUUUGGUAUUUCGUGCAAGCGUUAGCUGUAGCUGGCUAUAUGUGUUAUUUUGCCCAGAAAUUGGGAGCAGAAGAGAAGGGAUGGAGGAGAAAGAAUAUCUCGCGUCAUCGCAGUGUUAAUUUGGCUGAGACAGCUGCAUAGCACGACUACUUUUUUUAGGAUGUAUGCAGGGUGCAUUUAAUGAAGACAACAAGUUAAUAAUUUCCUUCCACCCUCCAGUGGGAUCCAUGCACACAGCUUCCCUGCAGCCUCUCAGCAACCGUCAUGCCUUAUGGGACCCUCGCAUGGCAUCACUGACAUUCCACAAAGACCCAUGUCAACAUUCCAAAAGUUAGCGCUGGCAACAAGCAACACGCGUUAUCCGCCGUUUUCUACCACGCCUGACUGCCUGCCUUUCCUGCCUGUCUUCCUGACUGUACCCGAAGCACAGAAGUAACACUUGAAUUCGCAAACCUGUCUCUUUUUUUCUUUUCUUAUUUUCUCCACGCUCAGCUCGUCUCCCUUUGCAAGGGAGUGACUGCCUGUCAUGAGAUUCAGAAUCUACAAGAGGAAGGUACAAUACACGACGAGUCCCCAGUCAUGUGUGGUGAUACUGACGCUGGUCGUGGUGGUGUGUGGCCUGGCCUUCUGGACCAGUGGGAAGCAUAAAAAGAGCGGCGUGGUGGUGGUCCCAAAGGAGGCCGACUCAGCGAGGAGAAGCAGCAGUAGCCAGGUACAGCCUCAGCUGCCGGCCACGCCAGCAGUCAGCCGGAUACCCAUCGUGCCCCCCAUCGCCCCCGUGGCACCGGCCAACGAGUCGCACCCGGAGAACCGCCCCGAAAAGCGCCCGGAGAAGGAUGAGAAGGAGGCGAAACCGGAGGUGGACAACAGCACCCUGGUCUACCGAGGCAUCGUGUUCCAGCUCAACUUCGACCAAACGGUGAGGCACGAGGAGAGGUUCAGGGCGUCCAGGAAGAAGGACGACCUGGUUGUGGUGGUCCAGGUGCACAACAGGCCUGACUACCUGAGGCUGCUGGUGGACAGUCUGAGGAAGGCCUGGGGGGUGGAGAGCAUCCUGCUCGUCUUCAGCCAUGACUUCUGGUCACCGGAGAUCAACCAGGUGGUGGCCUCGGUCGACUUCUGCCAGGUCCUCCAGAUCUUCUUCCCCUUCAGCAUUCAGCUGUACCCCCAGGAGUUCCCGGGCAACGACCCCAGGGACUGCCCCAGAGACAUUGCCAAAGCGGACGCCCUGAAGCUGGGCUGCAUCAACGCGGAGUACCCCGACUCGUUCGGCCACUACCGCGAGGCCAAGUUCUCCCAGACCAAGCACCACUGGUGGUGGAAGCUGCACUUCGUGUGGGACAGGGUCCGGGCCCUGAAGGACCAUCAGGGCCUGGUGCUCCUUAUCGAGGAGGACCACUUCCUCUCCCCGGACUUCCUCCACCUCCUCAAGCUGAUGUCAGUGCUGAAGAGGGAGAAUUGCCCGGACUGUGAUAUCCUAUCUCUGGGGAGCUACGGGCACAUCAGCUACGCCAGCAAAGCCAACAAGGUGGAGGUGAAAGCCUGGAAGUCCACCGAGCACAACAUGGGAAUGGCCCUGAGCAGGGAGACCUACCAGAAGCUAAUCCAAUGCACCGACACCUUCUGCACUUACGACGACUACAACUGGGACUGGUCCUUGCAGCACCUGACCGUGACCUGCCUGCCCUCCUACUGGAAGGUCAUGGUGAGCGAGGCACCCCGGGUCUUCCACGCCGGCGACUGCGGAAUGCACCACAAGAAGUCUGCAUGCAUGCCGUCCAGCCAGAAGACCAAGAUCGAGAACAUCCUUCAGAGCAGCAGCAACCAGUUGUUCCCCAAGAACCUGCUGAUUACUAAGAGACUGCCGGCCAACGGGGCAGGGGGGGUGGCCCCCCACGUCAAGAACGGCGGUUGGGGGGACAUUAGGGACCACGAACUCUGCAAGAGCUACCUUCGAUUACAGUGACCUUAUUAUGAAUAUUAUAUCGUUAUUAUCUCUUUUUGCAUCCUCUGACUUUAAGAAAAAGAACGCCUUUUGGAAAGAAUCUUUAUGGACUAUUUCUUGAUAUUGCCUGUUUUAUUGGACUGUUCCAAAUAAAAAAAGUAUGUUGAAUUUGGG